AUGGCCAAAUCCAACCUGGACCUGGUUGAUGAAUGCGAUAAAUUUCCAUAUUACGAGGAUAACCCCGCAUUCUACGCAGCCCACUUAAAGAAACACCACGCCUUCAAGGUCAAUGGAUGCGAUGCGGUAUUGGGAUACAUACCCAACUCGGCCGUGGCCAAGUUCCACUGGCCCGCUGAACACUGGACAGUGGACUCUACCAACCAGACCGUCACACUGAACACUGCUGCAGAUGCAACUCCGGAGCAGCGCAGUAAGGUCAUGGAUGAGACCUUGAGAGCGGAGGCCAAACGGGGAAGGUUUGAGAUUCUAAAGGGGUGGCGGAAUGAAAUGUACGCCGUUUAUGCCCCCGGGGGUAAGUUCUUCCUCGAGAUGGAACGGUGCGCCACCCCAUUGUUUGGUGUUGUGUCGUAUGGUGUGCACGCCACCUGUUACGUGGAAGACGAGCAAGGUCUGCAGUUCUGGGUGCCGAAGCGCGCAAAGACCAAGCAGACAUACCCUGGAAUGCUCGAUAAUUCCGUGGCCGGGGGAAUGAGCACCAACGAACGUCCCUUUGAAUGUCUUGUUCGUGAAGCAGAGGAAGAGGCAUCUCUGCCUGGGGACGUCAUCAGGGCCACUGCCAAGUCAGUAGGUUGCGUUUCGUAUUUCUAUGUGCGGGACUCUCGGGCCGGAGGCGAAGUCGAUCUGCUACAACCAGAGGUAGAGUAUGUCUACGACAUCAAGCUUAAUCGGGACAUUGUUCCCAAGCCCAGUGACGGUGAGGUGGAAGAAUUUAAGUUGUAUACCGUUGAAGAAACGAAGAAGGCUCUUGCAAACGGGGAGUUCAAGCCCAAUUGCGCAGUCGUCUUCAUUGAUUUCUUCAUUAGGCAUGGCAUCUUGACCCCUGAGAAUGAACCCGACUAUUUCCAGAUCCUGACGAGGAUGCACCGCCGCUUUGAAUUCCCAACAGCGUCGCAUUUCGCAAACUGA